AUGUCCUCCAGCACACCCACUGCUGAGUGGCUUGUCCACAUCCCCGAUUUCCCCGGUGUUCUGGACAAGCGUCUUGCAGCCCGACCUCAGCAUCUGUCCGCGCUGAAACCGAAAAUCGAGGAGGGCGUCGUGGUGUUUGGAGGAGCGAUAUUGUCUAAACAACCAGGCCCGGGCGAAACUCCAGACAUGACGGGGAGUUUCAUACUCAUCAAGGCAGAAAACGAGGAGAAGGUGCGAGAAGCGUUGGAAAAUGACCCCUACACAAAAGGCGGAGCUUGGGAUGUGAAGAAUGCAAAGAUAUACCCUUUCAAGUGUGCAGUCAGGACUGCUCUGUGA